CACGUGACACGGGACGCUUCUUCAACAACAACACGGCUACUGAUACAUUCAGUCGCCACUCGGUAGCUAGCCAACGUAAAACCAAAACAUUGAAGCUCUUUAGACCAUUUUUGUGUGUAUUGAUCUCGGUGUAAUUUGCUUGUUAAGUUUACACAUUUGUUAAGGUUGAUUAUACUGAGCCUAGCACUAGGCUAAUGCUAAUUUUAGGUAGCCCAACCAUGAACUCACAAAGACACUCAACCAUUAACUCACAAAGAUACUUCACCCCUGUUAAAGAAGAGGAGAUCUGCUGGACGGAGAAAGAAGCUCUGGGUCUGAACAUUGUCGUAAAAGAGGAAGAGGAGAAUAUUACAGUGAAAGAAGAGGAAGAAGCUUUCAGAAUAAAACAGGAGGACGAGGAGGCUUUCACGUUGAAAGAAGAGGAGGAUGUUACAGUGAAAGAAGAGAAAGAACCUUUUGGAGUGAAAGAGGAAAAGGAGGCUAUCUCAAUAAAAGAGGAGGAAAAUGUUUUGGGAGUGAAAAAGGAGGAGGUUGAAGGAGAGGAAGUGGAGACUGGAGAUCUGAUUGACACUAGAGAGAGACCAGACUCUCACUCUGACAGCGGGAAGAGUCCUUCAGGGGAACCAGACUUGGAGACGCCAAAACCAGCAAGACAACAUCACUGCUCCCACUGUGGAAAGAGUUUUAGCUGGUUAGGGUACCUAAAACGGCAUGAGAGGACACACACAGGAGAAAAGCCUUUCCAAUGUUCUCAGUGUGGAAAGAAUUUUACCGUGUUAGUUAACCUGAAAAGGCAUGAGAAAAUACACUCUGGAGAAAAACCUUAUCACUGUUCCCACUGUGGAAAGAGUUUUACUCAGUUAGGGAACCUAAAACAGCAUGAGUGGACACACACAGGAGAAAAGCCUUACCACUGCUUCCAAUGUGAAAAUAGAUUUUCACGAUCAGUGGACCUCAAAGCUCAUGAGCGAACACACACAGGAGAAAAGCCUUUCCAAUGUUCCCAGUGUGGAAAGAGUUUUACCGUGGUAGCUAACCUGAAAAGGCAUGAGAGAAUACACACUGGAGAAAAGCCAUUCCAAUGUUCCCAUUGUGGAAAGAGUUUUACUCAGUUAGGGCACCUAAAAAAGCACGAGUGGACACACACAGGAGAAAAGCCUUAUCACUGUUCCCACUGUGGAAAGAGAUUUUCACGAUCAGGGGACCUAAAAACUCAUGAGACAACACACACACAGGAGAAAAGCCUUUCCAAUGUUCCCAGUGUGGAAAGAGUUAUAUUAAGUCACGCUACCUAAAAGAGCAUAAGAGAAUACACACAGGGGAAAAGCUUAUCCAAUGUUCUUAGUGUGGUGAAGGGUUCUCUCAAAUAGAUGGUAUGAAGAUAGUUGAGAACAAAGCCUUAUGUCCCUACAGUGGAGAAUGUUUUACCAUGUUAGUUAACCUGAAAAUACAUAAAAGAAUACACUCUGGAGAAAAGCCUUUCCACUGCUCCUAAUAUGGAAAUACUUUUACCAGGUUAGGGAGUCUGGGUUUACAUGAGGGGACACACAGAGAAGAGAAGCACUACCACUGGUCCCACUGUGGAACAAGUUUUAACCAGUUAGAGAAGAUGAAAUCACACAAGGUGAUAGAGGCUGUGUUCUGUUUUUGACUGAUAAUUUGGGUUUUUCUUUAUGCCACCUGAAAUCAAAUAGUUUAUAUGAAAUCUUCCUAUAAAAAUAGGCCUACUUAAAAAAAAAAAUCAUCUUGAGAAAAUAGCUCAAAGGCUGGGUGGGCGGUAACCCAAUGGGUAUGUCUGGGUAGAACGGUGGGAGGUAACACAAUGGGUAUCUCUGGGUAGAACGGUGGGAGGUAACACAAUGGGUAUCUCUGGGUAGCCUUUUGACCUUCUAUUAAAACAGGUUUUGCUCUUUGGUCUUCUGUGGGUGAAUAGAGGAUUGUACUGUAGAUGUAAGGAUGGAGAAAUUAUUGCAUAUUUAAGGAUGGUUUCACUAGGGUGGAUAGAGGAUUGUAGAGAUAAGGAUGGUUUCACUAUGAUGUAUAGAUGAUUAUAGAUGUAAGGAUGGUUUCACUAGGGUGGAUAGAUGAUUGUAGAGAUAAGGAUGGUUUCACUAGGAUGUAUAGAUGAUUAUAGAUGUAAGGAUGGUUUCACUAGGGUGGAUAGAUGAUUGUAGAUGUAAGGAUGGUUUCACUAGGAUAUUGAAUGGAAACCGAAACAGGGUCAAACAAGGAAUAUCCACAUGGGCACUAAAUGAAAUACACUUCAACAAAGUUCUAAAACUAUAUACAAUACACUUGGUAAUGUUUCUAGCUAUAAACAGGCUUUGAAUAUCACUUAGCACUCUUAACCAGAGGUAACUACAAACAAUAUACAUCUACUAUAACAAUACUAAAGAGAUACCUUGGCCACCACACACCACAUUCAUGCCAUACUCAGUCAAUAACACAUCUCUAGGGUUCCAUGCUGGUCCAUACUCACAGUCAAUAACACAUCUCUAGGGUUCCAUGCUGGUCCAUAGUCAGUCAAUAACACAUCUCUAGGGUUCCAUGCUGGUCCAUACUCACAGUCAAUAACACAUCUCUAGGGUUCCAUGCUGGUCCAUACUCAUGGUCAAUAACACAUCUCUAGGGUUCCAUGCUGGUCCAUACUCACAGUCAAUAACACAUCUCUAGGGUUCCAUGCUGGUCCAUACUCACAGUCAAUAACACAUCUCUAGGGUUCCAUGCUGGUCCAUACUCACAGUCAAUAACACAUCUCUAGGGUUCCAUGCUGGUCCAUACUCACGGUCAAUAACACAUCUCUAGGGUUCCAUGCUGGUCCAUACUCACAGUCAAUAACACAUCUCUAGGGUUCCAUGCUGGUCCAUAGUCAGUCAAUAACACAUCUCUAGGGUUCCAUGCUGGUCCAUACUCACAGUCAAUAACACAUCUCUAGGGUUCCAUGCUGGUCCAUACUCACAGUCAAUAACACAUCUCUAGGGUUCCAUGCUGGUCCAUAGUCAGUCAAUAACACAUCUCUAGGGUUCCAUGCUGGUCCAUACUCACAGUCAAUAACACAUCUCUAGGGUUCCAUGCUGGUCCAUACUCGCAGUCAAUAACACAUCUCUAGGGUUCCAUGCUGGUCCAUAGUCACAGUCAAUAACACAUCUCUAGGGUUCCAUGCUGGUUUGGUUGAGAGAGGACUGAUGACUGCAGAUGGGGGCAUUUGAAGAGGUAUCAUAGCAGUGUGUUUCUUUAAUUGAUUGAUAUCAUAGCAGUGUGUUUCUUUAAUUGAUGGAUAUCAUAGCAGUGUGUUUCUUUAAUUGAUGGAUAUCAUAGCAGUGUGUUUCUUUAAUUGAUGGAUAUCAUAGCAGUGUGUUUCUUUAAUUGAUGGAUAUCAUAGCAGUGUGUUUCUUUAAUUGAUGGAUAUCAUAGCAGUGUGUUUCUUUAAUUGAUGGAUAUCAUAGCAGUGUGUUUCUUUAAUUGAUGGAUAUCAUAGGAGUGUAUUUCUUUAAUUGAUGGAUAUCAUAGGAGUGUAUUUCUUUAAUUGAACAGGAUUACACUACAUGUACAUCAGUUCACAUUAGUUACAUUUUACAUUUACAUUUUAGUCAUUUAGCAGACGCUCUUAUCCAGAGCGACUUACAGUAGUGAAUGCAUACAUUUCAUACAAUUUCGUAUAUUUUUUUCUGUGCUGGGUUAACUGGUUGAACAUGUCUAGCACGUUAACGCGGCAUCCGACAAUUUGAUUUCCAUGUGUUCUGACAACACUGAUAAGAUGUUGUCAUGAAAAACAUUCACUACCUCGUGCAUGUUCCCAUCAGUAUUAUUCCACCAUGUCAGAGAAAACACAGGUGCUGAUUGUUAAAAGGAUUUGAUUAAUGCAACAUAUUUUCCUGAAUACAAAAAGUACUCAUAUUGUUUAAUAGUGUUAGCCACUAGUGGAGGGUCAUUAUAUACAUGUAUAAAUUGUUACACUAUGUAGGAGGAGUAUAGAUCUAGCUGUUCAUCUGUUUAAGUGAAUGAAUAUGAAAUUGUCUUAAAUGCUUUUAUAUAUAUAUAUUAUUUAUUUUUUUGUCUAUUAGCAGACGCUUUUAUUUAGAGAGACUUACAGUAGUGAGUUCAUACAUUUUCAUUCGUACUGGUCCUCCGUGGGAAUCGAACCCACAAUCUUGGCAUUACUGUUCGAUUCCCACGGGGGGACCAGUACGAAAGAAAAUGCUCUACCAACUGAGCCAUGCUCUACCAAUAGUAUAUCAAUUCUCACUCUUUAAAAAUCUGCACAAGUCAAUCAUCACAUGUUUGUUUUUGUACGUUUCCAUAUAACAUCACACUUCAAUUAAAUAAAAAAUAAACGUUU